AUGAUCACUGAUAUGGUGCUUAAUUUUUAUUUUUCAACUCAUGCACAAUCCUAACAGCUUUCUUUCUAAAUCUCUAAAUCAGAAGUGAUUUAAUUUAAUACUUUUGACAGUUAACAGGGGUCAAAGGGCAAGAUCUUUUCUCUCUUUCCUUUCUUCUAUGGGUUCAAAUAUGAGGAAUCAGGAAGUUAGAAGUUGGAAGUGGGCACUUCAAUUCAGGACACUUAUCUCCCCAGCACAAGAAAUGGCUUCAUUCUGCAGAUCAGCGCUUAUAGCUGGCUCAAGGUGCAUCUCAGCUCGCUCCAGAUCCCUCAACCACAACUCACUAAAUGCUAUAAGCCCUAAAGUCUUGUCGUCUCCUUUUGCUUCAUCAACUAAAGCAAACCCUAGCUCUACUAGGUUCAUUUCAGUUCUUGGAAGCGUGGAGUCAAUGAUGCCAUUUCACUGUGCCAUUGCUUCUCCUCGGCUCAACUCCACAGUUGCCUUUGAUUUCACCUGUUGGAGUUGCCUUUCUCAAGGACUUCUUGAUACUAGCUGAACGUAAA